CUCCUCAUUCCAGCACAGCUGAGGAGGAAGAUGGAGGUCACUACUCGUCGUGCUGCUGUGCUGCUCCUCCUGCUUCUAUCUCAGGCAGUGCUCACUGUUCACUCACAGGAGGAGGAGGAGGUGGUCGUCCAGGAGGAGGAGCUGCAGGAGGAGGACCAGCAGGUGAUCGAGACGUGGACGAGUAACAUCAAAGCCUGCACCUGUGAUUGCGAAUCUGCUGAAUCACCGACACGCAGCCCUGCUGUCAUACCAGCUGUCCUGCCGACCUCACCGCCUCCAACGCCACCACCUCAGGGUCACCCACUGACCUGCAUGCCAGAAUGCCCCUACCACAGUGCUCUGGGCUUUGAAUCUGGAUCUGUGACUUCAGACCAGAUCAGCUGUUCCAAUCAGGACCAGUACACCAGCUGGUACUCCUCAUGGAUCCCCAACAAAGCUCGCCUUAACAACCAGGGCUUUGGGUGUGCUUGGCUGUCCAAGUUCAAUGACCAGUACCAGUGGCUGCAGAUCGACCUGAAGGAGGUGGGCGUCGUGUCCGGUAUCCUCACUCAGGGCCGCUGUGAUGCUGAUGAGUGGAUCACCAAAUACAGCAUCCAGUACCGCUCUGUGGAAACCCUCAACUGGAUCUACUACAAGGACCAGACAGGAAACAACAGGGUCUUCUAUGGGAACUCUGAUCGUUCGUCCACGGUACAAAACCUGCUCCGUCCUCCCAUAGUGGCCCGUUACAUCCGACUGCUGCCGCUGGGAUGGCACACCCGCAUCGCCAUUCGGAUGGAGCUGCUGAUGUGCAUGAACAAGUGUACCUGAAGUGCACUCUGCCUGCUCUCUCCUCACCGUCCAUCCUUCCCCUGCCAACCUGCCACUUGCCAAAAGGGGAACACUGGUUCAGCACUGAAAGAUCCAUAAUGUUACUUUGAUUCAACCUUCAUUCCUUGAACAUGUCUGUCUGUUGUCGGUGAGGCUCGAAGCACAUUUUUCUGUCACUUCAUACACAAUUUGUCUGUCUUAAAAGUCUGUUGUGCUACAAUGUAAAUACAGAAUUAGACACCUUCCUUGAUGCAUUCCAGCGUAAAAUACAAUCUGAAGAGAAAAAAAGAAUAUUUGAUGAGUUAUUCAUAAACUUUCUUUAAAUCUGAGUCCAGAAAUAAGAAAAGAAUCUCCAGAUCAAAUCAAAUGAGCUUGUUUUAUUUGAGAUUUACUGGUACAUAUGUAAACAUGAAUAUUUUAAAAUUGUUAAGCAUUCAUCUGUGGGUUUAUGUUCUCAUGUAAAUGCUCUUGUUGGAAAAAAAAGCAGAUAAACACUGACUAUGCUACUAAUUUGUGUCUGUAAUAAAAGCACAAACUUAAUACUUGA